AUGAAGUUUCUGAUCCUAACCAUCUUAAUAUGCGGCGCGUCCGUCGCGUGGGACCUCCCAGCAAACGUCACCGUGAAGGGAAUUUUCCUUUGCAAGAAAAACAAGAUGGCGGGGAUAAAGGUUGAAUUGAUGGAAUCUACAAUUAAUGGCGACGCGUUGCUGAACUCUGCCAUCAGCACAUACCAGGGUAACUUUGAAGUGUUCAGCAGGAAGGAGCGGUUCGGAAUGAUCGAGCCUUUUCUGAACGUCUACCACAACUGUAGGACCGUUAAAAAGGGUUGUGAGAUUCGCAGCAAGUACCGGAUUCCGCCCAGAAAGCUGAACGGUGUCUAUGACAUGAACUUCGUCCUUCUGGACAUCGCUAGUGCGGAUAGGAUCAAUUGCGUGAAGCGGCGUGAAGUAAACGAG